CGGACCGGGAAGGGGAAGUGACGUGAAUCCGGUGUAAUGGCGGCGCGGUGCAGCUCCAGGUGACAUUUGCAGACAGAAAAAGUUAAACUGUCAAGGAAUUCAUACCAUUUUGUACCUGUUACUUGGAACAACUUAAGGAGUCUUUGAUUUAUCAGAUCAAUUGGCAACAGAAAAUGAAAAGUAGCGUGGCACAGAUAAAACAUUCUUCUGGUCAUGACAGAAGGGAAAAUUAUAAUUCCUAUCAGAGAACCUCUUCUCCAGAAGACAGAUAUGCAGAACAAGAAAGAUCCCCUCGGGAUAGAGAUCACUUUGAUUACAACAGGUCAGACUAUGAGCAUUCAAGAAGAGGGCGUUCUUAUGAUAGUAGCAUGGAGUCACGAAGUAGGGACCGAGAAAAACGCAGAGAAAGAGAAAGAGAUAUGGAUCGUAAAAGGUCUCGGAAAUCCCCAACUCCUGGGAGAAGAAGCCCAGAACCAUCAGUAACCCAGAGUUCCUCUGCUCAGGAUGAACCUACUGCAAAGAAGAAGAAAGAUGAGCUGGAUCCUCUUCUUACUCGCACGGGUGGAGCAUAUAUUCCUCCUGCAAAGCUCAGGAUGAUGCAAGAGCAAAUUACAGAUAAAAACAGCUUAGCAUACCAGAGGAUGAGCUGGGAGGCUCUAAAGAAGUCAAUCAAUGGUCUUAUCAACAAAGUCAACAUCUCUAAUAUAGGUAUUAUUAUUCAAGAACUUCUUCAAGAAAACAUAGUUAGAGGAAGAGGCCUGCUGUCCAGAUCUGUUUUGCAAGCGCAGAGUGCUUCUCCAAUCUUCACCCAUGUUUAUGCAGCGUUAGUGGCAAUUAUCAACUCAAAAUUUCCACAGAUUGGGGAAUUAAUCCUUAAAAGGUUAAUUCUUAAUUUCCGAAAAGGCUAUCGAAGAAAUGAUAAGCAACUUUGUCUUACUGCUUCAAAAUUUGUGGCACAUCUUAUUAACCAAAAUGUGGCACAUGAAGUUUUAUGCCUAGAGAUGCUCACUUUGCUCCUAGAAAGACCAACAGAUGAUAGUGUUGAAGUAGCUAUUGGUUUUCUCAAGGAAUGUGGCCUCAAAUUAACACAAGUGUCACCAAGAGGAAUCAAUGCUAUAUUUGAGCGCCUCCGAAACAUUCUUCAUGAGUCUGAAAUUGACAAAAGAGUUCAGUAUAUGAUUGAAGUGAUGUUUGCUGUACGGAAGGAUGGAUUCAAGGACCACCCGGUUAUCCUAGAAGGCCUUGACUUAGUGGAAGAAGAUGAUCAGUUUACCCAUAUGCUCCCUUUGGAGGAUGACUAUAAUCCAGAAGAUGUUCUUAAUGUUUUCAAGAUGGAUCCUAAUUUUAUGGAGAAUGAAGAGAAGUACAAAGCUAUUAAGAAAGAAAUUCUUGAUGAGGGAGAUAGUGACUCAAACACAGACCAAGAUGCUGGAAGUAGUGAAGAGGAAGAGGAAGAAGAGGAUGAAGAGGGAGAAGAAGAUGAAGAAGGACAGAAAGUAACUAUUCAUGACAAAACAGAAAUUAAUCUAGUCUCAUUUCGUCGUACAAUUUAUCUUGCUAUUCAGUCAAGUUUAGAUUUUGAAGAAUGUGCACACAAAUUGCUGAAAAUGGAGUUCCCUGAAAGCCAAACAAAAGAACUCUGCAACAUGAUACUUGACUGUUGUGCCCAACAAAGGACAUAUGAGAAAUUUUUUGGCUUAUUAGCUGGGCGAUUUUGCAUGCUAAAAAAAGAAUACAUGGAAUCCUUUGAAAGUAUAUUCAAAGAACAAUAUGAUACCAUCCAUCGCUUGGAAACAAACAAAUUGAGAAAUGUUGCCAAGAUGUUUGCUCACCUUUUAUACACUGAUUCACUUCCAUGGAGUGUUCUUGAAUGUAUAAAGCUAAGUGAAGAAACCACUACAUCAUCCAGUAGAAUUUUUGUUAAAAUAUUUUUCCAAGAACUGUGUGAAUAUAUGGGUCUUCCUAAACUUAAUGCAAGAUUAAAGGAUGAAACCCUACAGCCAUUUUUUGAAGGGUUAUUACCCCGAGAUAAUCCAAGAAACACUCGGUUUGCCAUCAACUUCUUUACUUCGAUAGGUCUUGGAGGUUUAACGGAUGAAUUGCGUGAGCAUCUCAAAAAUACACCGAAGGUCAUUGUGGCGCAGAAACCAGAUGUUGAGGCAAAUAAAUCCCCUUCCUCUUCCUCUUCCGCGUCCUCCUCUUCAGAGUCGGCCUCCUCUGCCUCUGACUCGGACAGCAGUGACAGUAGUUCAGAGUCUUCCAGCGAAGACAGUGGGUCUUCAUCCAGCAGUAGUCAGAGCUCUGCCUCAGAUAAAGAUAGAAGAAAGAAGGGACAAGGAAACACCAGAAGUAAGGAAGUAGAUAAAUUGAUCAGGAAACAACAGAGCCAUGAUAGGAAACAAGAAGAAAGAAGGCCAGAGCAAAGGCAUCGGGAAACACGGACUGAAAGAGAAAGAAGGUCAGAAAAACAUAAAGAUAAAAAUUCAAGGGAUCCAAAUUGGAGAGAUCCCAUAACAAAGUACACUUCAGACAGAGGUGUUCCUUCUGAACGAAAUAGUUACAGUAGAAUCAUGAAUGACAGAGACCAAGAAGCACACACAGAUUUGGAAAAUAAGUAUGGUGAUCCCAAAAAGAAGAGAGGAGAGAGAAGAAACUCUUUUUCUGAAAAUGAGCACAGACACCGAAAUAAAGACUGUGAAAAUGUUAUAAGAAAAGAUAGAUCAAAGUCAAGAGAAAAGAAUAGAAAACAUUCAGGUUCUAGAAGUGAUGAAGAUAGGUAUCAGAAUGGUGCCGAAAGGCGAUGGGAAAAAUCUAGCAGAUACUCUAAACAAUCCAGAGAAUCAAACAAACAUCAGGACUGGCGAAGAGAAAAGUCUCCAACAAAGCAAAAAAAAUAGUUCUACAAAAUUACAGAAACUGAACAUGCCUUAUAUUCAGUUGAAACAAAUUAUUUUCUACAUUAACGAACUUUAUAAGAAUUCUUGUAUAAAGUACUGGUUUGUAUUUGUACAUUUAAAAAAAUUUUUUCAUUUUAACAUGUUUUAUAAUUGAUACAUCUCAAGGCCCUCCACUUAAAAUUAUUUGAGAAGUUUCACCAGAGAGGGAUGUAAUUCUUGCUUAUAUUUUGUUAAUAAAAUGAUCAAAUGCUCAUUGAA